AUGAUGCAGCUUUCGGAGAUAGCGUUGGUCGAUGAAAUGGAUAAAGCACCUGACACACUGCAACCUUGCUCUGUUGAUAGUCUGGUGGACUUGUUACCAUCUGUUACCAGUAGUUCUUGUGGUAAUGAGUUUGAUAACCACACUAAAUGUGGUCCUCAAGGUGUCAAUUGCUCAAGGUCAGAAAUACCGCUGGAUCGUCUGGUUAUGCUGGGCAGUUGCUCACGUGGGGUGCAGUCAAUGUUUGAUCAUGCUGUCUACACAUUUGAAUAUCUAGUACAGAGGAUAUUCCCUUCCUCAAAACAAUGGAUUGAUGAUCUGAUGCAUCUUAUCUUUUUCCUUCAUUUGGAAGGAGUGAAACUGAGGCCAAAAAUGGAGAGGUCAUAUUCUAGUUGUACAAAAGCUACUUGCAGCACUGAAUUGGAAAAUGUGGUUUUCCAAGAAGACGAAGCUCAUUUUGGAGACCUUUUCUGUGAAAGUGGUCGUGGUCUACAGAAGGAUAUGAUCAGCCACCAGUUGUUGCUAACUCUAGCUCUGGCCCGAUCUGAAGAGGCAAAAGCGUCACAUGCGAAGUUAAUAUUUUCUGCUCACAGAACAACUGGUGGUCCAACUUCGGAGCUUGGGGUGAACGAUCAUUUGUCAUCUUGGGUUUCCAUUGUAUUUGAAAAUACUCGUAAUAUUGACAGAUUAUGCUUGAGUUGGGAUGACAUCGGUUCAACCAUGUCAUCAAUUCUGGGGUUCUGGAAAGCUAAACACGCGGCAGUUGUGGAGGAUCUUGGUAUUGAAAGAGACAUUUUCGUACUUUGUUGGGACUUUCCAACUAUUGGCACUGCAAAAGGACCGUCAGCUUCCUUUAGGGAGCAAUCCAGAGACUCUUAA